CGGCCAGGGCCCAGGCCUUCUCGCUGCUCCUCCCCUUUCUCUUCACACUAGCUCUCCUACCCCGGUCCUCCAGUCGCCCGCUGGCCUGGCUCCCUCCCGGGCCAGUCCUUUCUAGGAGCUCCUUUUACACGCAUACACACACGCGCGCGCUUGUUCGUUCCCUGGGCUGUCCCUUCCUCUCCGGCUUUUCUCCUGGCCCUUGCUAACGCUGCCGUCGGGAGAGGAUUGAUGUCCCUUCAGCAUCAUGCAGCCGCCGCCGAGGAAGGUGAAAGUUACACAAGAACUGAGAAACAUUCAAGUUGAGCAGAUGACAAAACUUCAAGCCAAACAUCAAGCAGAAUGUGAUUUGCUUGAAGAUAUGAGGACAUUCAGUCAGAAGAAGGCUGCUAUUGAAAGAGAAUAUGCACAGGGGAUCCAGAAGUUGGCUAGUCAAUACCUGAAGAGAGAUUGGCCUGGAAUGAAAACUGAUGAUCGGAAUGAUUACAGGAGCAUGUAUCCUGUUUGGAAAUCCUUUCUCGAGGGCACAAUGCAGGUAGCCCAGUCUCGGAUCAAUAUAUGUGAAAACUAUAAAAACUUCAUUUCUGAGCCUGCAAGGACAGUGAGAAUCUUAAAAGAACAGCAACUAAAAAGGUGUGUAGACCAGUUGACAAAGAUCCAAACUGAAUUACAAGAGACAGUGAAAGAUUUAGCUAAAGGCAAAAAGAAGUACUUUGAGACAGAGCAGAUGGCACAGGCAGUACGAGAGAAAGCUGACAUCGAAGCAAAAUCUAAACUUAGUCUUUUUCAAUCAAGAAUCAGUUUACAGAAGGCAAGUGUAAAGUUAAAAGCUCGGCGAUCUGAGUGUAAUUCCAAAGCUACCCAUGCAAGAAAUGAUUAUCUUCUUACUCUAGCAGCAGCAAAUGCACAUCAAGAUCGCUACUAUCAAACAGAUUUAGUUAACAUUAUGAAGGCUCUUGAUGGAAAUGUGUAUGACCACCUCAAGGAUUAUUUAAUAGCCUUCAGCCGGACUGAGCUAGAAACAUGCCAAGCUGUGCAGAACACAUUCCAGUUUUUGUUAGAAAACUCUAGCAAAGUGGUACGGGACUAUAAUCUUCAGCUGUUUUUACAAGAGAAUGCUGUAUUUCGCAAACCCCAGCCUUUCCAGUUUCAGCCUUGUGACAGUGAUACUAGCCGACAAUUAGAAUCAGAAACUGGGACCACGGAGGAGCACAGUCUCAAUAAGGAAGCUCGGAAAUGGGCCACGCGUGUGGCACGUGAGCACAAAACUAUUGUUCACCAACAACGGGUUUUAAAUGAUCUGGAAUGUCAUGGAGUUGCUGUAUCAGACCAAAGCCGAGCGGAGCUGGAACAGAAAAUAGAUGAAGCUAGAGAAAAUAUCCGUAAAGCAGAGAUAAUUAAGUUGAAAGCUGAAGCCCGGCUGGACCUGCUAAAGCAGAUUGGUGUUUCUGUGGACACAUGGCUAAAGAGCGCCAUGAACCAAGUAAUGGAAGAACUAGAAAAUGAGCGAUGGGCCCGCCCUCCUGUAGUGACCAGUAAUGGCACUUUACACUCGCUUAAUGCAGAUACUGAAAGAGAAGAAGGAGAAGAGUUUGAAGACAACAUGGAUGUUUUUGAUGACAGCAGCUCCAGCCCUUCUGGCACCUUAAGAAAUUAUCCACUCACCUGCAAAGUUGUUUAUUCCUACAAGGCUUCUCAACCAGAUGAGUUGACCAUUGAGGAACAUGAGGUGUUAGAAGUGAUUGAAGAUGGAGAUAUGGAAGACUGGGUAAAGGCUCGAAAUAAAGUUGGCCAAGUGGGUUAUGUGCCAGAAAAGUACCUACAGUUUCCCACCUCGAACAGCCUACUGAGCAUGCUGCAGUCCUUAGCUGCUUUGGACAGUCGGUCACACACAUCCAGCAAUUCCACGGAAGCAGAACUCGUCUCAGGCAGCCUCAACGGAGAUGCCAGUGUCUGUUUUGUGAAAGCACUUUAUGAUUAUGAGGGCCAGACGGAUGAUGAGUUAUCUUUUCCUGAGGGAGCAAUCAUCCGUAUCUUGAACAAAGAAAACCAAGACGAUGAUGGCUUCUGGGAAGGGGAAUUCAAUGGACGGAUUGGAGUUUUCCCAUCGGUGCUAGUAGAAGAACUUUCAGCCUCAGAAAAUGGUGACACUCCAUGGAUGAGAGAGAUUCAGAUCUCUCCUUCCCCCAAGCCGCAAGCCUCCCUGCCUCCACUGCCGUUGUAUGACCAGCCUCCCAGCAGCCCCUACCCCAGCCCAGAUAAGAGAAGCUCCCAGUACUUUCCCAGGUCUCCUUCAACAAAUGAAAACAGCCUUCAUGAUGAAUCACCAGGAUUCUCCCAGGUAUCAAGGCACACUCCUGAGACCUCAUAUGGCAAACUGCGACCCGUCCGGGCAGCUCCCCCUCCACCUACGCAGAACCACCGAAGGCCAGCAGAAAAGAUCGAGGAUGUGGAAAUCACACUGGUGUGAUGAUGGGUUUGCCCAACCAUACUGCUACAAUCAAGGCCAGGCUUGGGAGUUUGGCCAGUCUUGUGUUUCAGGCACCUUUGCAUGAUGAUGAUGACUCUAUGACUCUUGAACAGAGCAAAAACAAGGAGGAUUAUAUGUGACUGGUUGGCCUGGUGGACUCUUCCCACAUUUUGAAUAAUUCGUGCCUUUUUUUGUUGUCAAAUUCUAUGUCAUCUCUCCUACCAUAGCA